AUGAUGCCGUCAUCAAACGGAAGUGCACGGGUGCACUGGAGCCUGCGGAGCAUUCCUCGGCUGCUGCUUCUCUUUGUUGGGUUUGCCGUUGCCCUCCAGACCGCCACGUCGGCGCACGCACUCACCUACCACUUCGUCGACAGCAAGCCGUUGUGCUUCUCCGAGAUUAUUGAGAACGUGGAGACAAGCCAGAUUACUGGCGUGUACGACUGGAAGCCCAGCGCCCACUCGCCCGCCUCACAGGUGCGACUCCGGCUUUCCGCGAAGGACGGCACAGGGAACGUGUACUACGAUAAGGAGAUGAUGGAGGGCGAGCACUCCUUCGCUGUGCAGCUGAACCCCAAUGUGCUGAGUGGGGAGCAGCUCAUCUGUUUCACUGCCUCCUCGAACUUCGUAGCCUCUGAGGAGACGCCGGUGAAGGUGAGUAUUGAGCUGGAUCAGGCCCCUAAGAACGAAUUCAACGCCGACAAGGUGGUUGCCGAGACAAUAAAGAAGCGGCGUCAGAUCGACGGCCUCGACGUUUACACGUACCAGGAGGCAGGGGGAGAGCUGAAGGACAUCCUGCAGCCGCGCGCCUACCUGGAAACCAUCGAUCGAGAGUUGAGUGCGAUGGAGCGUCUGCUAGACCAGCUAGUGACGAACUUGGGCACCAGCGUGAUGAGGGAGUCUCGCAUGCGGGAGACUUCGGAGAGCACCUUUACACGUGUGUGGGUGUGUGCGCUGCUGCUUAUCGGCAUCAUCUCUGGUGUCCUCUGGAUGCAGUUCCGCUUCCUCAAGUCGACGCUUCGAAAGAAGAAGCUCCUGUGA